AACUGCAGGGAAACCGAGCAUCUGAGCAGGAGGUCCAGGCUUUAGAGGAAGCAUGCUUUGGUUUUUUUUUUCUUCAGAAAAUGACUAAAGGGAAGGUUGGUCUGUUGGUAGCAGAAGGAAGUCAGAACAGAGGUAUUGUGGGGUAGGUUUGUUCAGAACAGAAACCAAAGACCAAUUUUCCUGAGCAAAAGAAAGAACAUCUGCAAAUGAAAUGCUGUUUCUGCAGCUCCCAUUGCUGCUGGCUCUCCUCCCAGGUGCUGACAGCGAGGACGGCUUCCAGGAGCCAGUCUCCUUCCAGAUAAUCGGGAUCUUAUCCUUUUACAACCGUUCCUGGGAAGAAAUUCUGAUCUCAAGUUGGUUGGGGGAGUUGCAGACUCAUGGCUGGGAUAGGAGCUCUGACACUGUCAUUUACCUGUGGCCUUGGUCCAGGGGCAAUUUUAGCAAUGAGAAGUUGAUGGAAUUAGACAACAUAUUCGUACACUCUUCAGUAUGUUUGUUCAGAUAUUUCACAACCGCAUCAUUCAAUGAUCCUUUUGAUAUACAGGUAGCAGGACGCUGUGAGCUGCACUCUGGGGAAACCUCAGCAGGGUUUGUGCAGGUUGCUUAUCAAGGAUCAGAGUUGCUGAGCUUCCAGAAGAAAUCAUGGUCUCCAAAGGGUGGAGGUUGGGCUAAGCUUGUCAGCAGUCUAUUCAAUUUGGACCAAGGUACCUCGGAAAUACUGCACAGGCUGCUCAGUGACUCCUGCCCACGUUUCCUCUUGGGUCUUCUUGAUGCAGGGAAGGCAUAUCUCCAGCGACAAGUAAGACCAGAGGCCUGGCUGUCCCCUGGCCCCAGUCCUGGUCCUGGCCGUCUGGUGCUGGUUUGUCACGUGUCUGGCUUCUACCCAAAGCCUAUUUGGGUGACGUGGAUGCGGGGUGAACAGGAGCAACAGGGCACUCAGAGAAGUGACGUCGUGCCUAAUGCCGACGGGACGUGGUAUCUUCGGGUGUCCUUGGAAGUGGAAGCCAGAGAGGCAUCUGGCCUGAGCUGCCGGGUGAGACACAGCAGUCUGGGGGACCAGGACGUCGUCCUCUACUGGGGGCACCGCAGCUCCGUGGGCUGGAUCUUCUUGGCAGUGACGGUGCCCCUGCUGCUCCUGCCAGGUCUUGCGUUUUGGGUUCGGAAGCGCCGGACACUCUGUCAACCCGCAAGCUCUUGUCUCCCUUUGGAAUGAGAUGCCAGCAGCUCAGGAGCUCGGGAUGUAGCUAAACUCAGCCCAGUGAUGCCGGCCUUCAACUCUCCAUGUACGACUUUUCUUGUUGUUGUUUAUUUCUGCUUAAUGACCAGUUGUCACUAUGAGCAAAGUGUA